GCCUGCGCGAGAUUUUCCUCACAGCUGUCAGCAUCAGAAACGGGUGGAGACGUGAACUAUCUUGUCCUGUAUACCGUCUUUGUCAGGCUCAACAGCUGGGUGGAACUCCGACAAAAAAGUUGCUUCAAUGACAUUUUAUAUAGGGAUGGCAGCUUGACUGUGAGACAAGCAAAUUGUUGUAUAAAGUGUUUAUUUCCCCCGCGGUGCCAUGGAUUUUAAUGUUAAGCGGUUAGCUGCAGAUGCGGGUACUUUCCUGAGCCGCGCUGUGCAAUUUACAGAAGAGAAACUUGGCCAGGCUGAAAAGACAGAGUUGGAUGCCCAUUUGGAGAACCUAUUGGUCAGAGCUGAGAACACCAAGCAAUGGACAGAAAGGAUUAUGAAGCAGACAGAAGUCUUAUUACAGCCCAACCCAAAUGUCCGGCUAGAAGAAUUUGUGUACGAGAAACUGGAGAAAAAAGCCCCAACGCGAAUGAACAACCAUGAGCUGCUGGGCCAGUCUAUGAUCGAGUCAGGAAGUGAAUUUGGUCCUGGCACAGCCUACGGAAAUGCUUUGAUAAAAUGUGGUGAGACGGAGAAGCAGAUUGGUGGGGCAGAGCGGGAGUUAAUCCAAAGUGCUGCCAUCAACUUCCUGACACCUUUCCGAAACUUCCUAGAGGGCGACUUCAAAACCAUCCUGAAAGAAAGGAAGCUACUGCAGGUCAAACGUUUGGAUUUGGAUGCAGCCAAAACCAGGCUAAAGAAAGCCAGGAUGACUGAUGCUAGAGCUGCAGCAGAGCAGGAGUUGAGGAUGACCCAGAGUGAGUUUGACCGGCAGGCAGAGAUCACCCGCCUGCUGCUAGAAGGCGUCAGCAGCACCCACGCACACCACCUACGCUGCUUGAAUGACUUUGUGGAGGCCCAGGCUACAUACUACGCACAGUGUUACCAGUACAUGGUGGAUCUCCAAAAGCAGCUGGGCAGUUUCCCCUCGUCAUUCUCCAACAACAACCAGUCGUCGGUGUCGGGCGGAGCCAGCAGCAUCUCCGUGCCCACCAUCCCGGUGUCGGCCUCCCUGCCCAGUGUGUCUGCGGGCCACGGCAGCUCGACGGCAUCGGGCGGAUUCAGUGAAUUGCGCAGCUCCAACGGCAGCCGCAAAGCCCGCGUGCUUUACGACUACGAUGCAGCCAGCAGCAGCGAGCUUUCCCUGCUGGCUGAUGAGGUGAUCACAGUGAGCAGCGUCCCUGGCAUGGACUCAGACUGGCUGAUGGGCGAGCGAGGCAACCAGAAGGGCAAAGUGCCCAUCACUUACCUGGAGCUGCUUAACUGAGGCCCACAACCCCCCAUUUUCGAGCCCUCUGUAACCAGCUGUGAUGUCAUAUUUAUAUUGUGUUGCAGGGACUGGCCUCACUUCCUCUUCCAUUCAGUCAUUUUAGAGUGAGUUGUAUUUCUAUGAAAAGGAGUCUCAGUUUUAGCAGACUUGCGCCGGAUUGAACAAAUCUGAGUGAUAGGAAAGGAAAAUGGACCACAAUCCCUAACAUGUUUGUAUGCAACUGCAGUACAUUUCUAAAACCUGCUUCCCUGCCUUUGUGUUUGAUGCCAAGCAAUCUGCAACAUGUGCCUGAACAUCUCCCAAACUGUAAC